AUGGCCUUGCGCGGCGGCAGCGGCCCAUUCGAUGUCUCCGAGCCCUGCGUCCGCCAUACGUGGGCCGCCCUCUUCCCCGCCUCCCUUCGUCCUCCUCUGCGCUGGCUCCCUGCCCCUGCCCCUUCCUGCGUUCGUCAAUUGACGGAUUUUGGACACGCAAGGCGCCAAGGCACGCUCAAUGAAGACGUCUGGGAUCUCAACCCGAUUCUCCAGUCUCGCCCGGCCUUCCUUCGUUUCGAUUCUGUUCCCCACUCCUCGCCUUCCCAGCGUCUUUGGGCUGCCAGUAUCCUCGAUUCAAUAUUGGGUUCUACCUUAACAAUCCUGACUAUCACCGUUAACUAUGCGUCUGCAUUCUUCCUCAAGCUCAUUCCCGAUGUUGUCGCACACAGAUCCGCAGAGAACCAGUCCCGGGCGUUCAUCUACACACUCCUCACGUCCCUGUGUGCUGUUCUCAUGGCCCAAGCAGACGCCCAGUACCUCCGGUUCAGCUACCAUGCCGCGAUGCGCAUCCGCGUCGGACUCGUCGGCGCUAUGUACGACAAGACACUCAAGCGCGUCAAUACUCGGGCAUCGCCGACAAGUCCGAGCAGGCCGCUGGCGCCGAGUUCGCUGCCGAUGCGAAGGGCAAGAACGGGAAGGGCUAAGGGUCCAAGGGGCCGAGUGUGUAUACGGGUGCGGGCAGGGUCGAGCCGCUCUCGAGUGUGGAUGUGGGUGAUGGUGAAUUUGAUGGCUGUCGACGUGAAUAGGGCGACUACGGUGGUGUCGAGUCUCUUUAUGUUCUACGGAGCGCCCAUCGAGAGCAUUAUGGUGAACGUCCUCCUCUACCACGUCAUGGACUGGUCUGCCUUCGCGGGCACCGUCUUCCUCCUCGCAGGCUGCCCGCUCAACUCUUCCUUUGCGAAGGAGUUGGCAUGGAUCGUGAAAGCACGGAUCAACUCGGUUUUCUUUUCGGUGAUCUGGGCGAGCGCACCCGCUCUAGUGUCGCUCAUGUCGUUCUUCACGGACGUUUAUCGGUGGAAGGGGCUCACUGCCUUCAUUGUAUUCACGGCUUACUUUGAACGCGUUCCCGACGUUCACCCUCCAAAUUCUCCAGUCAAGAAUGGCAAGCAUAAGGCAAACAGCAGCAAUAUCAACAGUAACGGAUCAUCCUCGUUGCCGCACAAGGAUGGCCAGGCGUCCGAAAGCGACGCCGCGACGAUGACGUUGGCGGAGUCUGCGUCUGUCGCGGAGAGCUUGCUGCAGGACCAUCGAUUCGUACUGCAGGACCUCAACGCCAGCUUCCCCGACAGCAAGCUGACGGUGACCCUGGACCCGACUGCGAGUGGGAAGACGGCUUUACCUAUGGAACCCCUCGGCAAAAUGUCCCUCACCCAGUGCAAGCUGCAGACGUCGAAGAACAUACAGCGCGUCGACGUGUUUAGAGACACUCAUGUUGCUCUUGCGAAAGCGGUGUAUGUGAGAGCGAAGUAUGUUCUCUUGGACGACCCUUUGGGUGCGGUAAUUGUCGUUACCCAUUGCGUCGGGCUGGUCUUGCCAAGAACCUACUACUUCGUUCAUAACAUCGCUCAAGGCUCCGCAACGGAAGCUAGGGAAGAAAAACCAGUCAUCGCUUUGGACCUUAUCUCGGCCGAGAGCCUUGUCAUAAAGGAGCGGCAAGACGACGCUCGCGAUGAAUAUUUUACGCUUCGCGGAUCCCGCGAGCGGACGCAUCGUGAUCGAUGGGAUUGGUUUUUCAAAGAUCAGCUUCGUUCAUGUUUGACCUCCAUGCCCCAGGACAAUACGUUGCUCUCCGGCACUUUGAGGGAAAUUUUGGAUCCCUUCAAUGAGCACGAAGACUUCAAAUAUCUCAAGGUUUUGUGCCAUAUUCGGAUGUUUACCGAGAGCGCCCACCAGUCCCAGCGGACUUGCGCUCCAUCGCGUGCCCCGUCCCCUGCAUCGUCUUCGCAUAGUGUUCAGCUCGACGAGGCUGCCUCAGUCGUGUCUGUUUCACCCACGAGAUCGAUGCCAAGUCUAGUUGUUGCAGCUAUACGUCUGGCCACCGUUGACGUUCAUUAUGAUUUGCAGUUGCUUGUCGCUUGCACAGUCAUCAACUAUGACCAGCUGGUCGUCCUCGACAAGGGCAAGAUCGCCAGGAUCGACACACUAAUGAACCUGAAGCAGAAAGAGAAUCAUAUGUCUCAAGGGUGCAAAGACGAAGACUUGGGCAAGCUCGUCCAAAACGCCAAAACAUGCCGGUAUGGUGCCAAUGGUAGCGGGAGAGAAACCCAGGCCACUGCUACUCGUAGAAGUGGAGCAGAAAAGAGCUUUCAGGGUUGCAAGUGCGGCUUCAACAGCUCCGAGAAGGUUGUUGUUUACGAUGGGGAUAGGGAUGGAGGGAGCAAGGAGGGCACGCAGAGAAUCUGCCAAUGGAGUUCAGCUUUGGACUUCAAGAAGGAGGAAGAGCGCAACGAGAAGCGCGAAAAAAGAUAA